AUGUCCAAAACCAAUCCUCAGAUCGAAAAAUUCAGCUGGACACCUUCCUCAUUAGAGGUUGCUGAGUUCUUCAGAAGCAGUUUAAUAUCGUCUCUCCAGAUUCUUGCUGCCAGUAAAAUACAACCCGAAGCCCUUUAUACAAUAUGCCAACUCGCAUUUUCCCAAUUUGACAAGGUUUGCCCUUCCCAUGUUCAGACCCUCAUAUCGUGCUGCUGUGAACUCAUAAACCUAAUGCAAAGCAAGCGUUUUCUCCACCGCUAUGAAAUAGCGCUAGAGGGACAUCUAUUGGCGGCUCUUGCUAAACAUCCGCUAGUCCCUUUGGCGGAGCUUAUUGUCAAAUUUGUCGGGCUUGUCUCCAGCCAUUUUAACUCCUCUCGUCUAAUGCGGAAGGUCCUUAUCGCUUCGAAAUUCACCGAAUCACAGCAGAUAUCUCUCAUGCUUCCGAUUAUUCGGCACGAGUUUUUUGAAAAGGACUUUCUUCAAAUCCUCGCUGAUGUACUUCUCCAACGCAACACUGAUACGCUGAUCGAUAAUUGCACGCUUGAAUUCCUUGCUCACCUCAUUCUCGUUCGCCAGCCACCGCCAUCACUCACUUCCAGCCUAUCGAUUAGCCGGCCACCGAGUAGCACAAUCUGCCUCUCACUGGCUUCUGGCUUCCACAGCUCAGAGGUUCUGCAGAAGGUUGUGCGUUGGAUAAUUCAACCAAUCAACGAUUCAUGUGCUGCGAUUGAACGAAAACUCUGCGCCGCCCUUUGUUUACCGCACUUGAGCCCCGUUUCCGCCGAUGAUACUCUUGCUCAGCUCUCGGAAGAAAUCAAAUCUUCUUUUGAUCGUCUGAAGCAAAUGCAGCCAGAGGUGUUGGAAUUCAUGGAUUGGGCGGCUUAUCUGUUGGCAUCCUACGAGGCUUGGUUUUCUUUCAGUGCCACGAUGUCCACUAAGCCUAUUGUCUUUGUGGAUGAGGGAUAUCUUUUAAAAACAGCUCUGCAAGUUACCAUGUCUAAAACUGCCGUGAAAGAGAGAAAUGCGGACUUAUGCGUAAUCCUUCUUCGCAUUCUUGAUUUGGCAAGCCAAAGGUUGGAGUUAAGUAGCGUGUCAAUUGAAGAGUUGCUUCCUUUACUGCUUUCCUUUAGUCAUCAGUUGCGUCUGCACACUCUUCGAGUCAUUCGCUCUCUGCUGAUGGUGGUCUCACCAAAAGACAACACAGGUAAAGACAUGUCAAAUGUCCUAUCGGCAGUGGAGCGUUGUUUGAGUGCCGAAACCACGAAACAGACACCCGCUGCUCUUCGCGAAUUUCUCCUCCUCAUCCUUCAUAUGCAUUGCGGUCGCAGCACCAUUUUUGGUUCACCUUUGGCCGCCGAAAUUUCGUUGUAUCAUCUACUGGGUCUGUUGCACGUCAACUUAACCUCCGCAUGGGACGGGUUAACCGCAGCGGUGGCCAGUUACGCCAAUCCUAUCUUCUACUUUGAAGCUGCCGACUCCGCUGUUCAACCCGAUGUUCAACGUCAGAAGCGUAGCAGUAAUAAAUCGCGUGCUCGCUCCCGCUCACCACUGAUCCGUGAGACGGCAGAGCCUGAAACGGAGGAGCCAAAGUCUUCAGAGGUGCACGAGCAGUGGAGGAUACAGUGUCGUGACCUCUUUUGGCGGGUUAUGGUAGACCUACUCAAGCGUCCGGUUAGUGGGAAACAGUCUACCACGCCGUGCACCUCAGUCCCGCAAUUCAUCUUCGAUGGCCUGUCUGUGAGGCAGGCUUACACAAGCCUUCUUACUGUCGUGCCUGACAACGACGUGAUCACAGCAUCUGAUCACAUUAACGACUUGGCGCCCGUGGCAUUUGCACCACGCAGGGCGGAGGAUUGGAAGAGCUACCGAUUGAAUCUCUGGCGCUGCAUUACACCGAGGGGGGUGGGUAGAUAUGCACGCACACUGAUACCGCUCUUUCUUUCUUUUGUCAGUGGGGAGUUUUACGCAAUGCCGAGCCAAAGCAACGAGCGCGUUCUCACUUGCGCUCUCAGCCUCUUCGCCAGCAUGCCUAACCUCCAAUCCGUCUACAAACAUGAGGAAUUGGGAGCUGUUCUACUGCGGUUACUUACCAACAAACGACCUUCUGUUCAGCAAGCGGCAUUCACUUGUUGGAUGUCACUUGCACCCUCGGGACUGCGACCUUACAAAGAGCAAUUUGAGAAGAUCCUGAAUCUGCACACCUUUCGUGACGCUGUUCGCGUCUUCAAAAUCGACACCUCCGUAGUUUCGGAGCACCGUUCCGCUGUCGCUCGCGUUCUAAUCCGAAUUCUUUACGGUCGUUUGCACCUCUCCAAGGAGAACCUCGCUUCUGCCGUCUUCACUAACCUUGCGGGAUGUUCGGAGGAGGAGUUGGCCCUCCUCCUCUCUCUUAUCAUUGAUUCAUUCUUCUCCGCUCUGGCUAUCUACGACCCUCCGAGCGAUUUGUCCUUCGCUGAAAUAAACGCACGUUCGGAACCGAAUUGGAGUCGUCUCCAGGCGAUCUGCAACGUGGUUAACCAACUCCUUUCCUACAUGGGCCAUCGUUUGGGCGGCAUCAAACCACCUUCAGAGGAUCAGGCGGAAGCAAAAGUCACCAACGCCUCGCUUCAUCUCCCGAGCCUUUUUAAAAUCGCCAUCCUAAUGAUUUCCACGGCCUCCAACAAGGAAAAGAAAGAGCUAGGUCGAGAGCAGCAUCAACCACACCCAAAGCAAGUAAAAGUGGUUUGCAAAACAGGCAUAAAUCUUCUCCUUCACCUCUCCUCCGCUCCCGGAAUCGAUCUGGGCACCUUCUGGACGGCUGAACGAGUUGCAUGCGUGCAGACAGAGGUACUGGCCACGCAUCCUCUUACCUCCUCUGCUGUAGCAUCGCCCGGUCAUCUAGCGCUUAAGUUAGCGCUGGUCUGGAGCCAAUCAGGCAGCGAGGACUUUGUCGGCGCUCUAUUCACUCCUGACCUUAUCAAUGCUAUAGUGCAACUGUUACAGCACAAAAACCUCUCCACACCGGUCGCCAGAGUGAUUGUCGAGGUGGUGACCAAUCUCAUAUUCUCUCAAGACAUUCAAGAGGUGGGGCGUCGGCUUCUGAGACCCUUCCAUGCGGGGCUGAUUGAGUAUCUCUACAAUCGAUUCUUGACGUUGCGCUCGCUCUCAUCGUCACAGGCUCGAAAAGCACUCACUUCGACGGCUUCGGAGUGGCUUCAACGUGAAUUUAAAUUAUUAGGUUACCUAACUGUUCCACCUGUUGCAGAGAGUGAUUCCGAAGAGGCAGCAGCAGUGUUACCACCCAAGCAAGCGAGUCGUCUUCUCACUGGCCUUGUGCCAUUCCUAAUAAAAGCUCUCUCUCGUCCUCCCUCCCACUUUGGCGGUGGGAACAGCCUCUUUUCCGGUGCUGCUCACCGGGAGCGCAAGAGCAAGUCUUCCAGUGGGAUCGAUCCCACCAUCUCCCUGCCUCGCCCUCGUCCCGACUCCGAGGCAGCUGCCAUUGCCAAGGAGAUCACGGAGGCAGAGGUGCUACGAGUACUCUGUCGCUUCAUGGAGGUCACUGCUCACGUCGACUUACAUCUUGGGAAGGUGUUGGAAUUAUUCUCCACCGUGGAUUCUCGAAUCUCACGAGCUCUACUCUGUAGUGCUGCGGGUGUAGCUGCCGCGCGAAUAGCUCAAUCGUUGUCUGCCUCGUCGUUACCAACACAGCUUCUGGCAUGUCUUGCAGACGUUUACAUUGUGAAGCAGGGUAUGGCUAGCCAACUGCCUAUAAGCCUCUUCAACGCACUUCGCUGCAUUCGCAGCCAACAUGUGGACCCGAGCUCUAUAUCCCCGGGUUCUGCAUUCGAAAAAAACGUCCUUUACAAACUCCUCUGCAUGCUGAACUCUUGGAGCACGAGUCAUCUGGAAAUGGUGGAUUCUGUUCAGCGCGAAUCGGCUUUGAACGCUCUGCUGGGACUGUGUGAUCUCCCACUGGAGAAAUUCGCCUCACAGCAUCGUCUUCAUUACUUCAUCCAUCUGGCAGGUGUUCACAGUGCUCUCUAUACUCUCCAAACGUCAGAAAUCCAACUUCGAGAUCUCUCUCUCGAUUAUAUCCUUCGACUUGCCGGAGUUCUAUCGGAAGGCAUUCGUUCUGUAAACGAUGCUGUGAAGAAGGCUUAUGCACAACUCACCAAAAGGCUAAUUAUCCAGGCUCUUUGGCCGGGACUUAUCCGUAACUUGAAGCAGGCUAUGGGUCCACGACGUAUUCACUUUCUCCGUCUUCUCACUGGACUUGUCAAGUCAUUCGGCUCGUCGCACGCCUUUUUCGCACCCCUUGCCCUCUUGGCGGACUCUUCCACAUCCGAUCAACAGCCUGUCUGCUUUUUCGUUAAUAUCCAAAGCGGUACUUCUGCCCGUCAGCUCUUCGCCAUUCGUCGUCUCGCCCUCUUUCUAAGCAACCCUCUCACCAUCGCCUCAAAGAAGGCCAUUGCUAGCUGCACUGCUGACAAUAGCACCGAAGGCUCCUUCGUUAUUCCACUCUCUCACCUUCGUGGCGUCUUUUUGCCCAUUCUUCUCUUCUUUCUGCGUCAGGAAAUGAUGGCUGAGCUCUCUGGAGCUGGUAGCCUCGGCCAGGAGUCGAGACAACUCGUUUCCGCCUGUCUGAAUGCUGUCCGAGCACUCGCCUCUCGCCUGGUCUGGAUACCAUACCGUGAGCUUCUUUCCUCUGCACUAUCCAACCUUGAUCAGGAGUCUACAAUUGUGUUGAAGUAUACAUUGGCCAUUCUUGACGGCUACCAACCUUGCGAAGAGGCUGUGGACUUUAUGCUUACAGUGGUCGGACGUCUUCAAAACUACAUCAUUCCGCCCGCACAUAAAACUGAAGCACAGUCCAAAUCUUUUACUUAUCUACGCACAAAUGCUGUAGUUGCUCUGGUCACUCUCUUGCGGCGUCUCCCCAGAGGGCAACUGGAGUCCCGAUUGCCCACUCUUAUCCUUCGAGUAGUUGAUCUCCUUCGUCCGGCCAAGAAACUCCCCUCUCAUGCCCGUCUGGAGGCUGUCCAAGCUCUUUCUAAAGUCGCCAUCAUGGUCGGCUCUGGUCCGGCGUUGGAUUCAAUCUUCUCGACCAUCGCCAGAGAGCUUUCCCGAGGUUAUAUGGCAAUGACUAUUCGGCUAGCAGCACUGCAUCGAAUUUUCUUUGAUUUCACAGCUGCAAUAGAUAGAGGUGAGGUGGGGGUGGCAGCCAAUCUGGACAACGUGUGUCACACCCUUCUGCGCCUCUAUCUCGACGAGGUUGCGGGUCAACUUGGUGAGGAGAUAGACUCACGGCGUGAGGCAUUCCACAAGGGCUCCACGACGGAUGCUAACUCUCGAACGUCCUCUAUUGCUUCGUCCGUUGAUCUACCUGAGGCUCGUGGCGGUCCCAAAGCUCCCGACGGGCUGCCUGCACUUUUGCGGUUCUGUUCACCCACCAUGCUGGAACGUGUAUUUAAGGACCUACGGACCGCUGCUGCUCUGAUUGCCUCUGGGAAAAUUAUUUCGAAUGAGAGCCUCCAACGAGGUGGUGAGCAAUCAGAUGCCAUCAAGUCGGAUGAUAAAUUGACAGGUCAACUGCGUUUCCGUAAGCGGUCUAUGGCUCGCCUUCAAGCAGUUUUCAAUCGAAUUCCUACUCGAUAUGGCAUUCUCCAUCCGAAAAUGCCUACAGGUGUAUCGACAUUGUUUCAAAUAGCCCUCACUCUCAUUGCUCCAAUCGAAAUCGAAUCGGAGGAUCGAUCUCAGCCGAUGGUUAAGCGCGGUGUUGCAGCUCUCUAUCGCCCCGGCUGGAGUAAAUCGAGUACUCGACCACUAGAGAAACGACCGGACUACCUUGCAAUCCCUGCUGAACCCAAACUCGCGUCACAGAACCCACAUGCCACUCAGACGGAUCAGGCGCACGUGAACAUGUUAUCUGCGUGCGGCUUGCAUACCAUAAUCGGUCUGGUUAGACAAGGCAUUCUCUUACCUACAACCCGUCCUGAAGACGCUGCCAUCCUAUCAGAUUCGAUUCCAGCUGUGUUGGCCACUCUUGCCACCUCUAAGAGUCUCGCUGUUCUCGCGGGCGCAGUGCGUUGCGUGAAAAUCUUCCUCCACCUUCAACUGGAGCGUUUUGAGACUGCCCUACCCGAAGUGUCUCGAUCUCUUUUCAAUUUGGUUGACAAACACGCGGGUCUGCUGAAUUCGCGGAUUACGGAGAAGGAUAGCGCUGCGCAGUCCUUUGCUCACGGACUCUACGCGACUCUGGCAGCACUGAUUCAGCAUCAAACGAAGUACACCCUCUCUAACGCCCAACUGGCUACCCUCUUCAGUACCAUUGAAACUGAAGUGGUUCGAGAUGCCGCCACCUCUCCAGUUCUGUCCCUCCUCGCCGCCUUCCUUACCCGUCGACUACGCGACCCACUGGCGAAUUCAGAUGAAGAUGACAACAGUAGAUUUGUCUCUUUCCACCCUGAAGAGGACCCUACCCUCACCAAAACUACCAAUAAAAUUUUGACCGACGGUCUGGUCGUUAGUAAAGUCACUGAUAAUGACUUCUCCUUUGCUGGAGCAGGUGGUGGCCAGCGGCUCUCAAAUCUGAUGCUGCGUUUGCAGCGAUUGGCCAUCACGUCGUCGAACGAGACUAUGCGUCGAGAUUGUCGUCGGUGCCUCCUCGCUUUCCUCCUCAACUACCCCCAUCAGAGACGCUUUGUGGUAGGAUUUAUCAAUUUUCUGUUGCGUCAGCUGGAACACUCACGAGAGUUGGGUCGUGCUUCGGUGGCAGCACUUCUUUGCACCAUUGUGGCCGAAUUACCACAGGCUAGUCUAGUGCAGGGCGGAUUGGAUGAGACUCUGCUAUUGGCUGUGGGUGCCGCGAUCGAAAGGGAGACCUCAGUCAGUAUACGCUUGUCACUCUACGGGUUGGUGCGUCUCCUAUUCACUCGGAUUCCAGAGGAGAAGGCACUGAGUCACUUUCAGGAGUACUUUCUUGCUUUCCUGCGUGCUCCAGUGGAAUCGAGAGCUUCUGCAAGGCUUCUCGGAUUGCAGAUGGUCGCAGUAGUUCUAGACGCCCAGGAGUGUCUCUCAGUUGCAACUCAUAGAAAGACGCUCAUCACUAUCCUCGGAAAGGACAUUUUCGCCGAGUCGCGGAAACAGCUGAUUAGUCUUCGCGCCACCCAUACCCAUCUUUUCAAAGAUGUGACUUCGGCGUCAGAACAUAAUGAGGACAACGAUUUAAUUCCAACUCAACCUGCGGAUAAAGAGGAAAAUGAGGAGGAUGAAGAUGGAUGGCUCACCGCCACAGACGUGGAUAAUGACGUCGAGGUACCGUCUGUACCGAAUCAUACUUAUGAGGACGAAGAUGAGGAACAAGAUUCAGAUAUGGAAGUCACUUCAAACGGAGCCGCAUCUGAUCAAAAAGAAGACGAAGAGGGAGAAGCAGAAGACACUGAUGUCGACGCGGAGCCGAGUAAACCUGAAAAAAUUUCUGCCGAAGCUGUGAAAAUCGUCGAGUCUUGUAUCAAUGCCAGCACUAUGGAUGAAACUCCAGAGCGCACUAUCAUGCCCUCUAAAUCAGCUCCUGACGUGCAAUUUGCGUUGGUCUGCUGUGGCCUAGAGCAAGGGCUUCGACUGGCGGAUCGUCUACUUUCCGAUGUCGAUGCGUCUGUCGUCUCGUCAUCUUUAUGUGUGCCGAUCUGGAAUGCCCUGUUGAAGGUUAAGCGGAAGAAACGAAGUCAGCGUGAAACAAAGUUUGCUACAUUGCUUCAGACCUCCAGGACUGACGAGGAGGGGGAUGUGGCCUCGCAUUCGCUUCUUCUAGCUCCCUCCCCGUCUGUGCGUGAGUGGGUCUCUCGACUAGUCAAUCGGCUCCUUCGAGUCGAGUUGGAUAACGUCUGUAAUGGUCGGGGUGAGGUGACAACACCCCUACACUUUGUGUCAUCUUUCUUUACAAAUUCUAAAGACGUUUCUUUGAGGUUAAUCAGAAUUUUGAACGACUCCCUACGCCAGCUGGAAGUGGAUUCAUCCACAGGUCAAAUGUCGGAGGAGUAUUCAAACAUGCUUUUGUCCAACCUAAUAUACCUCGGUCAGUUCUUGAAUGCUCUCGGUGAGACGAAACAAGUCCUUAAGAUAUUCAAGACAGCAAAUCGUCUUUCACUUGAUGAACUGAACAACCGAAGAUCCGCAUUCAGUCAGAGGAUAAUGGCGCUCAAAUUGACUGUUGGGUUGCUGCUCAAACUACCAAGACCCACCGCCACAGAAAUCGCGAAUCUCAUCGCAAAGCAGAAAAGUCGACGGGAAGAAGAGGAGGAAGUUGAGGAUGCGGAAAGUACAUGUGCGGGCAAAUCGGGCGUUGGAGUCACCUACCUCCGCAGUGCACUGCGUCUCCUCGCUCGCGAAUCGAAACAGCGUAAUAGAUUGGCCUUCCUAGCCACUUCUAGCAUUGCCCUACCCGGAGACGUCGAGUCGUCCGAGGGCGCCGCUAUUUCGCGCAGAAUGGCCGGUCGUCUUGGACGUGUGGACUCGGCUCGGGCGCGGUCACGACGUCGCAGAGCGCAGGCGAGGAUGCGACGCGCCCUGCUCUCGGGCGAACUAACUGCCCAGGAGGCGGCGCAACGACUGGCCAAUGUCUCGGUGGUGGAGAUGUCCGCGGCGGACCACCUCAUUGGACUAAUCGAAUCUACAGAUACGCGACUGGCCAAGGAGUUAUUGCGUGAUGCUGGAGGUAGCAAGGUGGCGGGAGGUAUGUCAACGCUGUAUUCCUGGUCCACCUCCAGUUUGGUGCGGAAACGAGAAGCUUGUGCUACUCGCAAGGCCGUACGCUCCGCCGUCGGCGUGGCGAUAGAUGUUCCUCAUAAUAACUUGAAUGGAAAGACGAAGCAAUCGAUGGAGGUGGAUACACCGCCACCUAAAAAACGAGCAAAGAAGAUGAGAUUGUAG